AUGGUGGUGUCAGAGGCAUGUCCAGUGGUACCGUCAACAGAGGACGCUCUAAUGGCAUCAUCGCCUUCUAACUCGUCAACCGAAAAGAAGAAAACAAUCUUUAAAAAAAGUAAAAUAGUUUCAAAACGACCUAACCAUCCUCCAUCAAGAAGUCCUGCUCGUCGCAUUAUAACCUUAAUGGGCAUUGUUUGUUUGAUUUGCUCCUUAAUUGUAGUAGGAAUAGUUGUAUUGGCUGUUUUAUUAUCAGAAACGGUUUCUACCUCUUCGAGUUCAGAAAAAUCCAGAAACGAGAUCAUCUACUUAGUUCCUCGAGCAACACAUUUCAAUAACCGACCUCGAACAAUUGUGAUUCACCGGCAGAAUAAAACAUUGUCGAAACAACAGUUUUCAGAAUUAACAGAACUGAUUAAUAACUAUAAUAAAGAAGAUGAUUCAGCUUCGAGUUUAUGCAACAAAAGUAAGUCAGGCAGUCAAUUUUGCUCAUUUCCAGUUAGUAGAAUCAGCAAAGAUUGUUCUGCACAGAAUAGCUUUGGUUAUAACGUUAAGAAACCUUGUGUGGCGCUUGUUUUCCAGGAAGUUGAUGGAUGGGUUCCCGUGCCAUACAAAAAUACCGAAUCUGAUCAAAUUCCUGAUCAAAUUGCAGACGAUUAUGAUUCUUCUUUAUUGUACAUGACAUGUGUCAGUAAAAGUGAAUCACAUGAGCAAGAUAUUCUUUUAUCGCCGUACCAGGGUUUCCCACUUAGACAUUUUCCAGCUCGCAAUGUAUCCCCACCAAUGGUAAUGUUACAAAUUUUAAAUCCACCAAUUAGAACAGACAUAUUAGUCACAUGCCGAUUAUGGGCUAGUAAUAUUAUAGAAAAUACCAAAUACGGUAUACCUGGCAAUAUAACGUUUAGUUUAUGGAUCUUGAGCAUGUUAUCAAACAAUAGCACUUACAAUUGA